AUGACGACGCGGCGAGCUGCAGCUGAUGCAGAUGCAGAUGCGCUGCGCCAGGCGGCGGAAUGGGAGCGAGGAUGAUCCCAGUGCCACCUGUCCGGGUGGCGAAACCAGAGGAGUAGUAGCAGCAGCAACGACAGCGACCAUAACUGGGAGGAGGGAUGGCAAGGAUACGACGACAACAACGACGACCAACAAAUUACGCCAACUGCUUUUGUUGGUCCAGCAGCAGAUGCCUUUUGCUCUGUGGAGUUUUCCGGUCCAUCACAUUUCCCAGCCCCACUCCCAUUCAUAUUCCCAAUCCCAACAUAAGCCCAGCCAGCAGCAUCAGCAGCAGCAGCAUCAGCUUCAUUCUCAGGUUGCCCCCACUUCGCAUCACCCGUCAUCAUCGCCAUCAUCAUCAUCCGCAAUGGCCGCCAUCGUUGCGUGAUAAUGAACGCUCGAAAUACCCAACUUCCCCAAGCCCCAACUGCACGUCCAGGAAAAAACCGAGUGUUGACACUUUUUCCGCUCACGAUUCAAGAUUCUGGACGCCGUCAUUUGAAUAUAAGCCACUGGGGGUGGAGGUUGGGCCACAUCAAAAAAUAAAAGAAAAGGAGUAGAGCGAAAUAAAUGUAAAAAUGUGCUUCUGUAUACUAUGUAUAUAUAUGUAUAUUUAACGAUGAUUAGCUUUUAGCCAGCUUACGUUUUACGCUUAUGCCGGAUUACGUUUUAGACCUAGAUAAGGUGUACCUAUUCAAUUUAACCCCAGGUUAGGCACUUUUGAAACUUUGUCCUCUCAGCACUUACAUUUUUUCUUUGUUUUAUCCUAUAUUUUACAUUUUUUACCCAAAGAAUAACUAUAAAACUUGACAUUUUAUUGAUUCAAUUCCAUUUGUCUAAUACUCUUCGUGUCUUUUUAAGGUACUAAGGAAGUGCUAACAAUUUUUCCUGUAGCUUCCCUCGCUUUUUUACCUUUUCUAGUCCAUUUCCAAUUUGUUUACUUUGCCCGUUCACUUCACACUUUUCCAUCCCCAUUGUGUGCAGCAAUUUCGUUUCAAUUACCCUUUUAGAGCGUUUUAUAUUUCCUUUGUUUGCCUGUAUCUGCACUUCACUUUACCUUAACUGAAGCCUGAUUAGAUGUAUUAAGAAUGUUGGACACAAUAUCACGUUCCACGCUCCUUCCACUCGUGUUGCGUUGAGCUCAAGAAUAUUAAAUAGGUAUAUAAUAUAGGGGAUAUAAAUAAAUUAAAUGUGGCCUUAGCGUAUUUUAUGAGCGGUAGCGAAAAAAAAGGAAAUUAAUUGAACUAAGGAAUUUGUCAGAACGCGUAAUUAAUUGUGCUCAUAAUAGUUGUAACAGAAAAACCACAAGAAUAUGAUAUAUGGGGAAUUCUACUAGCCAAAACGACUGCCGCAAUAAAAGCUUUUCUAUCUUUUUUCACUCGAAAAUGGCUGUUUGAAAUACCCCCUCUCCCGUUUCUCCUUCUUUCCAAUCUUUCUCCCACUAAAUCUACACUAUCUAAACUAGACCGUAAACACGCCUGCCUUUUUGCCUUUGACUUGUAACCUUUUCCACUUUAUAUUCGAAACAAAUGAAAUACCUUACGAUGAGAAAACCUUAAGCAAAUUAAAUUGAUACCAAUAAUAAACAAUACCAAGAACAAUAAUCUAUUGUAUAAAUUUCAAGAACCUAGUCUACUUAGAGUGUUAGAAUGGCAUAUUUUCCUAAAAGCGUACUACAAAAGAAAUCAAAUAAAAA